AUGCACCACCUACAAGAGCAGCCAAAGGAAUGGUCCCGUUCCAUCACCGACGACAAAGGCGAAGAAACACAGUUUGUCAUCUCCACAGAUCGGUCACUGCUCUCGAUCCCGUCCAUCAUCGCGGCGUUCAAUGAAGACUACGUGUACUGGGCACGGUCCGUCCCAGAAAGCGCCAUGAAGCAGAUGCUCGACAACUCAGUCUGCUUCGGGAUAUACAAAUCCACACCAGCGCCCAACUCCGACUCUGGAGAACCCCGGAACCUCGAGCAGAUUGGCCUGACACGCCUCAUCACCGACUGCGUGACGUUCAUUUACCUCUGCGACGUGUAUAUCCAUCCGGAAUACCAGAGCUGCGGGCUUGGGACGUGGUUGAUGGGCGUGAUACAGGAGGAGAUGGACAAGAUGCAGUAUCUGAGACGGCUGAUGCUGAUGACACGGGGAGACCGCACGCGCACGUACUAUGAGCGGCUGUUCGGCGUCGAGGUGAUGGGGAAGGCGGGAGAGGCGUAUGUCAUGGGCCGGCUCGGGGCGGGAAAUUGCGUGUGA